CUUGAACCAAAAAAUACGUGAAUAUGAAACGGAGUAGUGAGCCAUUGAGCUUUGAGCCUUCUGAGUUCUGUUACAAAAGUGAGAUGUUUGAUGUUGGUGACUUUGUCUAGUGCAGCUGAAGUGAGACAUCUUUCAAAACUUCCGAAAACAUGAUCGUCUGUGUUGCAGUCGUCGGCCACCAGAAUAAUCCACUCUACAUUCAAAGCUUUAAUGAGGGUGAUGAUGCCCUUAAGCUUCAUCACAUCGUUCACUGCUCCCUUGAUGUUAUUGACGAACGAGUGAACAAUCCCAAGAAAUCUGGGCCAAUGCUGAAUGAAACAUUUUUAGGUCUGCUUUACCCAACAGAAAACUACAAAGUAUAUGGCUAUUUGACCAAUACUAAGGUGAAAUUCAUCUUGGUGACCACCGAUUUAGAUGUAAGAGAUGCUGACGUGAGAAAUUUCUUUAGGAAAUUCCAUGCAGCUUAUGUGGAUGCGGUUUCAAAUCCUUUCCACGUACCCGGUAAAAAGAUAACCUCUUGGACAUUUGCUGAAAGGGUUAGCAAUAUUGUCAAGUCUUUUGGAUUGGGUUCAUCUGGAUGAACUGUGAACAUCUGCUCUUUUUUUUGGGAAUUUGACUGCAGCCAAAAUAUGAGGUGAUUUCGUUUUGUUAUAGCAGAAAGGUACAAAAUAUAUUAUCAUGAACUCUCCUGUUGAUGACCUUAUUUUUUUGAGCUUGUAUCUCAUAAAGAAGCCUAAAGGGUAAAUCUUUUGGAGCUUGUAUGUUGUCACCUGAUCUUUUACAUUUAUUCAAUAGCAGAGGUGUUUGUAGAA